AGCUGCGCGAUAAAAACAUCAUCGUGAAGUCGAUGGCAAUUUUUGUAACAUGAAGAACCCUUCGAAAGAAUUUUGUGCAAUUACGUGUUUUCGCCUUGAAAACUUCAAUUACUAAUCAAAAACGUCGUAUAACUAUCCCACAGUUAAACAUUCACAUCAAGGUUCUCUAAUUAAUCAAUAAAUUCAAACAAAAAGCCCUCAGACAAGUGCAUAAAAACCAAGCCUCAAAGAUUAAAAAUCCGCCUACAAAUAUAUAAAUAACCCUUGACUAAAUAAUGCAUAAUAAAAUUUAAUUAACCAUCACACAUCAGAUAGCAACUAAUUAUACAAAUAAAAAGAAAACACAUAAAACAAUUAAAAUGUCUUGCUACUAUAAAUAUAAUCAAGAAGCUGAAAUCUACAUUCCAAAGUUUAACGAAACUAGUAGCAUUGUUUUCUAUAAAAUCCAUGUAAAGAUUCACGAUGUCGAAUGGACACUGGAACGACGUUACAAGGAUUUUGACCAACUAAACGACAAACUGGUCGAGGAGAAUUCCAUAUCAAAGAAGCUUAUUCCGCCCAAGAAACUUAUUGGCAACAAAAAUCCAGAGUUUGUAGAAAAACGACGCCAAGAACUAGAGAAAUACCUACAGGAUCUGUUGGCUCUGUUUCGCAUCACUAUGCCAAGGGUUCUAGCCGAGUUCCUAGACUUCAACAAAUAUGAUAUAAUCUAUUUGCUGCAAGACUUAGCUAAGUUCUUCAACGAAUCUGGUGACUCUUUGUUAAGUGUGACGAAGGAGUAUAGUUUUUCAGCUCUUGAACUUUUUGCAAUUAGUGAACGUUUGUGUAUGCCUUGCCCCGAUAAUGACGAAACCAGUAAAUAUGAUUUUUCACACGUUCUUGACUUUUGUAGUCAACUGGAAAUUCUAAAGGGCACUCCAAUAAAGGACACUGGUGACAUUGGCUGUGAUUAUAAUUCCAUUGACGUACCAAUUGGCCGAAGCAAUAUCAUCCCGAAGAAUCUAUUUUUUAAUCUUAAUGCCUUUCGUAAUUUAAAGACGAUACAAUUUUUUAGUCUAUCAACUGAGAACAUCGUUGACAUUGCUUUCCUCAAACCAAGUCUACAAUACAUUUCGGUGCAUAAUACGACUAUAACUCGAAUCAAUCAGGUUUUAAUGUGUGAUAAUCUUCAUAAGAUCGAUCUCGAGGAUACGCCAAAUAAAAACAAAUCUCCCAAGGACACUUGGUGCAGCGUCAAAGAGUUAAACUUCUCAGGCAAUCUCCUAACAACUAUCGACUCAAGCAUCAAAACCGUACCCAACAUAUGCACCUUGAAUCUAGACCAAAACCGUCUCUCCCAUAUUCAGAAUCUCAACGAAUUGCCUUUAUUACAAACUCUAAGUUUGGCGGCCAAUCUAAUUACCAAUUGCAUCGAUUGGCAUUUGGAACUUGGCAAUUUGGUGACACUUAAUUUAGCCCAGAAUAAACUGAAAACCCUAACGGGCUUGAAGAAGCUCUAUUCCUUGGAGAAUUUGGAUCUGAGUUGCAAUCAUAUAAGUGAUUUGGAUGAAGUGGAUAAUGUGGCAUGUUUGCCGGUUCUUGUGGCACUCCGUUUGACUGGGAAUCCUUUGGCUGGAAGUGUUGACUAUCGUCCACGUGUGUUAGCAAGAUUUCAUGGAAGGGCGUCUGAGAUCUGUCUGGACAGUGAGAAAGGUUCCCACAAGGAAUUGGACACAGCAUUGGUGCAUUCGGCGUUGCUGCAAUCGAAAAUCGGCAGACAACUGCCGCAGUGAAAAACAAUCGAGUAUUGCAAUAAUCUUUUUUACUUUAUUAAUUGUCUGUUUAUAUUUUUAUUUAUGUAUAAUACAACUAUAUGUACUAUUUGUAUAUUUAAGAACCAUACAAAAAAGAAAACAAA